CUGGCCGCCGAGGGCCGGGCGGUGCACGUGGUGGACGACGCGGCCGUGCUGGGUGCGGAGGAAGCCGGCGCGUACAGCGACGCGGCCCGGGAGAAGGCUUUGCGCGGAGCGCUGCGAGCGGCGGUGGAGCGGCGCUUGAGUCGCCACGACGUGGUCAUCCUCGACUCUCUGAACUACAUCAAGGGUUUCCGCUACGAGCUCUACUGCCUGGCGCGGGCCGCACGCACCCCGCUCUGCCUGGUGUAUUGCGUGCGGCCCUGGGACCCGAGCGGGGCGCCGCAGGGGGCGGGCGCCCAGACCGGAGCCCGGAACGCGAACGUGAGUGGGCAGCGGCGCGUCGAGGUGGGCGGGAGCCCUCCGGCGCCACGCCCCGGCGCCCCCCGAGAAGCUCCAGCAGCGGGCUCUGAAGGAAACGGGAGCCCCCAGGCCGAGGCAGCCACGGAAGCGGAGCCGGAGGAAACCAGGGCACUGAGUUCUGCACCGUCCGCGCAGUCGGCCCACCAGACGGUCAGUGCCUUUUAUCCUCCUGAACUUCUGGAGGCCCUGGCGCUGCGCUUCGAGGCGCCCGACUCGCGAAACCGUUGGGACCGGCCGCUGUUCACUCUGGUGGGCUUAGAGCAGCCCUUGCCUCUGGCGGAGAUCCGAGCUGCCUUGUUUGAGAACCGCGCCCCUCCCCCCCACCAAGCCACACAGUCCCAGCCCCUCGCCUCCAGCAACUUUCUGCAUCAGCUGGACCAGAUCACCAGCCAGGUAGUGGCAGGACUGAUGGAAGCACAGAAGAGCGCUGUCCCUGGGGAUUUGCUAACGCUUCCUGGUACUACAGAGCGCCUGCGAUUUACCCGGCCUCUUUCCAUGGCAGAACUCAGCCGACUCCGGCGCCAGUUUAUAUCCUACACCAAAAUGCAUCCUAACAAUGAAAACCUGCCACAAUUAGCCAGCAUGUUCUUGCAGUACCUAAACCAGAGCUUUGCACUAACCUAAGCCAGGCUCCUUGUAACCUCCCACUCGGUGACCGUCUCUGUCGAGCCUUGGACAAGCCUAUGCCACAAGUAGAGAGCAGAGACUGGAGAAGUAAGCACGGAGGAUUCUGAUACAGCCUUCAAUACAAGAGAUCAAAGUGGAAAAGGGUGCUUAACUUGGCUGCUCUGUGAUUUCUUCUCUAUCUGAGCUGUGGGAGCAUGGACCUGAUGGAUGACUUUUAAAAAAACAAUUGGGGGCAGGACCUUGAAGGCAGCACAGUCUUACAUCUGCACAGUCUCUUUAGUAGCUACAGACAUUUGCUGGGUACUGUACCUACUUUGUACUACUAAGAAUUCUGGGUACUGGGGUCACAGGUGAAUCCACUGGCUACGGAAGCCUUUAGGGUGCUCUGCCUCUAAUGGAGGGGAAAGGGGUUUCUAGAUUAAAGCAUUCAAAACAGUGAAACCUCUCCUAAACCGAAAUGGCAUAAAGCAAGAAUGCAAUUGCCAUUAAUUUAUAUGGGAAAAAGUUUUUGAACAUUCUCAGACACCACCACCACUCCCCUCAAAAAUCACAUAGCAAAUAGCACACAAACUCUAGAAUACCACUGUCAUAGUGUUGACAGACAGUUCAAAGCUGGGAUGGCCUGGGAAAGGAGCUUGGCAGCGCUGCUCUUGCUGUUCACUACCUCUAAGGCUCCUUCAGAGCAAACAGUGGUGCAGUUUUGCUCUUUGCCUUUUGAGUGUGAAAACAAAUCCUCUUCAGAUUUCUUUUAGUGAGAGCAGUGUGAAUGCAGCUCUUUGGUAGAAGCAAACUUGAAAAGUGGAGGAAAUCUGUAUUUCCCCAAUAAAGUCUUGUUUAAAAAGUCUACUGGGAUCUCUUGUACGUGUGUUAGGUGUGUUUCACUAUUAAAGAUUAAACUUGCCAAGGUUCAUAUAA